AGUCAAUACAAGGGAUAAGCAAUGUGAACGAUGUAAUUUUGCGGCUCUGCACCAUCAUGAACUAAAAGUUGAGCUCCUGCACCUCCUACAGGCUUGAAAAAUGCAAAGCAGAACCACCUCGUUUCCUGCUGUUCCUCCCCAGGGAAGGAGUCCGUUUCAAGCGAAAACCCACGAUUACAGCACGGAAGGAAAAUUUCCUGCAGAAGAGGGUCCUGGUGGCAGCUACGGACCUCCGCCUUCCUCGGUGUCCUUCCCCUCCGUCCCCAAGGAAGCGCCUCGUCUCCCCGCGUGCCCGGCCCUCUCCCGCCGCCCCUCCGCAACCAGCGGCAUUAACAGGUCACGCCCGGGCGCACGGCCGGGACGCGCGGCCGCGCGGGAGGGCGGAGGCGACGCGCGCGCGCACCAGCCGUUCCGCCGGGAACUCCCGCUCCGGCACGAUCGUCGCCGUGCGGUAGGCUGCCGGCCAGAGGCACGCGCGAGACCCGAGGGGAGGAGGAGGAGGAGGGGUCAAGCCGGCAGCGGAAUCCACCAUGACCAAUAACUUCCUCACGACGAUAAAGAGCCUCAAGCUGAUCGAGGGGUGCAAGGCCGCGCAACUAUACGCUUUAAGCUCCCUCGGGCCGGUCUCCACCUCCGGCUCAGGGGAUGCGGGCGGGAGCGGCAGGCCCCAGCCCCCGCCCCCGCCCAAGACCAUCUCGCUGCGGUCGGGUUCGCUGUACUACCCGCACGCGGCGCCGUCCACGUCGGGGGCCUUCACGCCCGAGCACCACCUGCCUUGCGGCCUCCCGGUGGCCGACGCGCUCGAGCCGACCCUGGACGCGUGCCUGCGCCCCGUCGACCACGUCGGCGCGCUCGCCGCGUCGUUCCGGCGGGUUUCGGCCGCCACGGCGGGGGGCGACGACGACCUCUGCGACGCGUACCUGGAGCAGCACGCGCUGUUCCAGUCGAUCGGCGACGCACGGCUGCUCCGGCGGUCGCUGCGGGCCGCACGCGUCCACGCGGACGACCCGCACCGGCGCGUCGUGCUCGCCGCGUGGCUCCGGUACGAGCGCCGCGAGGACGAGCUCGACCCGGCGCCGCCGCCGCUCGCGCCCUGCACCGCGACGACACCGCUGCUCGAGUGCCCCCGCGCCGCGGUCUUCGCCAGCGUGUCCUCUGGCGUGGAACCGGUCUGCCCGUGCCGCCGCCCACCGCCUACUCCCGCCACCCCUCCACCCCAACGCCUGAGGCGCAACACGUCGGGCGCCGUCUCCGAGAUGAGCGAGGAGGAGGAGCCGGAGACCAAUGACCUAUGGUUCAUCAUCGGCGAGGAGGAGGUGGCGUGCGAGCGCUCGUGUAUCGCCGCGCUCUCCAAGCCGCUCAACACGCUCCUCUACGGCGGGUUCGCCGAGGCGCAGCGCGACCGGAUCGAUUUCUCCCGCGACGGCAUCACGGCGCGCGGCAUGCGCGCCGUCGCCGCCUACAGCCGCCACGGCCAAGUCGACGACUUCCCGCCCGACAUCAUCUCCCAGCUCCUCGCCUUCGCCAACAAGUUCUGCUGCGACGGUCUGAAGGCAGCCUGCGACAACAAGCUCGCAUCCAUGGUUCGCGGCGUCGACGACGCCCACUCCCUCAUCGAGGUCGGCCUCGAGGAGGCCUCCCACCUCCUCGUCGCCUCCUGCCUUCAGGCCUUCCUGCGGGAGCUCCCCAAGUCGCUCACCAACCCGGACAUCGCGCGCCUGCUCUGCACCCCGGAGGGCCGGGAGUGCCUUGACAUUGCCGGUAACGCGUCCUUCGCGCUGUACUACUUCCUCUCGUACGUCGCCAUGGAGCAGAACCUGAAGUCGAACACCACGGUGAUGUUGUUGGAGAGGCUGAAUGAGUGCGCGGAGCUUCCAUGGCAGAAGCAGCUGGCACUGCACCAGCUGGGGUGCGUGAUGCUGGCGCGCGGCGAGUUCGAGGACGCGCAGGAGUGGUUUGAGGCCGCCGUCGCCGAGGGCCAUGUCUACUCGCUCGCCGGGGAGGCGCGCGCCAAGUACAAGCGCGGGCACAAGUACGCCGCGUACAAGCUGAUGAACAGCGUCGUCGGCGACUACGAGGAGCCCGCCGGAUGGAUGUACCAGGAGCGGUCGCUGUACUGCGUCGGCAAGGAGAAGCAGUCCGAUCUCCAGUCGGCGACGGAGCUUGACCCGACGAUGACGUUUCCAUACAAGUACCGUGCCUGCGCAUUGCUGGAGGAGGACAACGCGGCGUCGGCGAUCGCGGAGAUCAGCAAGGUGAUCGGUUUCAAGAUGGCCACCGAUUGCCUUGAGCUCCGGGCGUGGUUCUACCUUGCUCUUGAGGAGUACGAGCUGGCCGUGCAGGAUGUCCGGGCGAUACUGACGUUGGAUCCGGGCUACAUGAUGUUCCAUGGGAGGAUGCACGGGGAACAGCUGAUUGAGCUCCUCCGGGGGCAGGUGCAGCUGUGGGAUAUGGCGGAUUGCUGGAUGCAGCUGUACGAUCGGUGGUCGGCGGUGGAUGACAUCGGCUCUCUAGCAGUUGUGCAGCAGAUGCUCAGCAGGGAACCCGGAAACAGCAGCUUGCGGUUUCGACAGUCACUUCUCCUGUUAAGGCUAAAUUGUCAGAAGGCGGCCAUGCGUAGUCUGAGAUAUGCACGGAACAGUUCAGUCCACGAGCACGAGAGGCUUGUAUAUGAAGGAUGGAUCUUAUACGACAGUGGACAUCGGGAUGAAGCACUAGCCAAGGCUGAGCAGUCGAUUAGCCUUCAGAGAUCAUUCGAAGCCUUCUUCCUGAAGGCGUAUGCUUUGGGAGAUUCUAGCCUGGACACGGAAUCUUCGCUCUCCGUCGUGCAGCUUCUGGAGCACGCGAACAGCUGCGCUUCCGACAACCUCCGGAAGGGGCAAGCAUACAACAACAUGGGGAGCAUCUUCGUGGACUGCGACAUGCUCGACGAGGCUGCCGAGUGCUACGGCAUAGCUCUGAACAUAAAGCACACGCGGGCGCAUCAGGGCCUGGCGCGCGUCCAUUACCUGAAGAACAGGAAGCAGGCCGCGUUCGACGAGAUGACCAAGCUCGUGCAGAUAGCUACCAACAGCGCGUCGGCGUAUGAAAAACGGUCAGAGUACGGCGAGCGCGACGCCGCCAAGAACGACCUGAACACAGCGACGCUUCUGGACCCUACAAGGACUUAUCCUUACAGAUACAGAGCAGCCGUUCUGAUGGACGAGAACAAGGAAGAGGAGGCGAUCGCGGAGCUGUCAGGAGCCAUAGCCUUCAAGCCGGACCUCCAGCUGCUCCACCUCCGCGCGGCGUUCUUCGACUCCAUGGGCGACACGGCGAGCACCAUGCGGGACUGCGAGGCGGCGCUCUGCCUGGACCCGACCAACGGCGACACCCUGGAGCUGUACAGCAAAGCCUCCGCCAGGGCCGAGCCGGAGAGCUAGCCGGCCGCCGCCCUCCUCGUCGUCGACUCAGCUGCGAUUUUUGCGAGGCAGAAUGAUGAGACGAUCCCUUCUCUACUCUCCCGGGGUGGAAGCAGACGACGCGCCGCAGAUCAGCGAGGCAUGAGCACCAGAACGUGCACACCACAUGUGUAAGGUUAUAUACGAGGCUUAGUCCUGUUAGUCAGGGGGCACCGCCGAGAUCGAGCACCGCAGGAGAUCGGGUACGUGUUGCUUUGAGGUAGAUUGUGCAGGUGGGGGCAAGAGCACGCGUCUCAUGUGUGCAUCAGAGGUUGAAGACGACCGGCAGCUCCAGAAGGGAGGAAGAAAAAGCUGAUGACAGGCCAGCGAGCCCAAGCUGUCCUUCAGAGUUCAGACCGGCUGCAUGAUCGUUCUCUUUUUCUUCCCCCUUUUUUUAUGCCUUGUGAUGUGCAUUUGGAGGCACGACUCAUCACAAGAAGAAUUCGAGUUUUAAAGUAAUGCAGCGAAGGCGAAGAUUCUCUCUACUUUUAUUUCUGCAGUGGGUGUUUUCUGAGCUGUGGUUCCGUCUCCGUCGUGCCACCAGCUAUGGAGCCCAUGAAAUCUGCUGCAGCUGCAUAGCCUGCAUGGUCGUGUUCACGACUAUACAGUUCGUUUUUAGUCAGACUUGACAUGGUCGUAUUACAACUAUACAAUUUGUUCUUCAGUUUCCCAUAAAAAAAA